AUGUUGCGGUGGUCCCACUGCAUUUUCUACUAUUCUAGAGCAUUAUAUUGUUACCUUGUAUGGGGUAGUGUGGCCAGACCACUCACUCCGUCCAGCCACUCAACGCCUUCUAGAAAGGCGUGCACUGGCAUAAGCAGCAAGUCUUGCGAGACAGUCCCGAAUCCCCGCUGA